AUGGAGGACGGACAUGAAAUUUUGAGCUCCGCUCGUUUAAGAGGAAAUAGCCGACUUUUGGCAGAAACUCUGUCACAGUUAGGUUCUGACGAUUGGGGAAAUAUAUCAGAUAUAUCAUUAGUUGAAAACGUGGCUAACGAAGGACAAAACAGCGACGAGGAUUGCGAAAUCUUAAAAUUUAUCGAAGACACCGAGAGAGACAUUGCAGCAAAGUCGACUCAGUAUGUGAAGG